AGUGGUGCUCCUGCUCCUGACAGUCCACGGACCUGUACGUUGUGAGCCGUUUGUUUCAUCCAGGCUUUGCCCUCCCUGAUGCAGCGCCCUGUAGCCCGGUCAUCAUCACUGUUCACAGCGGCCAAAUGAGUCAGACAGCACCGUGGGAGAAACACAGCCGAUAGCGUUGAGAAAUGGCAGAUGAAAUUGACUACAAUAUCGUGUUUCCAGAUGCGGGGACAUCGGAGAGACACUGGCAGGGGACAAAGGAGCCAGUUGUGAUACUGUUGGGCUGGGCUGGUUGCAAAGACAAGCACCUCUCCAAAUACAGCUCCAUCUACAAUGAGCAGGGGUGUGUCACGAUCCGCUACACAGCUCCUUUAAAGACAGUCUUCAUCUCGGAGUCCUUUGGCUACAAGGAGCUGAGCAGCAAAGCCCUCAAGUUGGUGGAGAUCCUCUAUGACUACGAGGUGGAGAACAGUCCUAUUUUCUUUCACAUUUUCAGUAACGGUGGCUUCAUGCUGUACCGUUACAUCGUCGAGCUGCUGCACAAUGACAAACAGUUCAGUUCACUGUAUGUGAUUGGUGCUGUGGUGGACAGCGGCCCCGGUAGUGCAAAUGUCCGCGGGGCCCUGCGUGCUCUGACAGCCACGAUAGGACCAAAAAUAAGUCCUGUUUUGAGGUAUGUCCUAAUGGCGCUUUUUGCAGUGACUGUUAUCCUCCUGAGAGUUGUGUUGUACCCCUUGACCAAGUACAUCCACAAGAACCACUACGACGCAGUGCAGGACCGGCCGCCCUCCUGGCCUCAUUUCUUCCUGUACUCCAAAGCUGACCAGAUUAUCAGACACGGGGACAUCGAGUUCUUCAUGGAAACCUUGAAGCAGAAAGUCGUCCCUGUGGACAGUUUUGAUUUUGUUUCCAGUCCCCAUGUCGGCCACUUCCGGGAUUUUCCUGAGCAGUACGCUCUCAAGUGCCGUGAAUUCCUGGUUUCCUGCAUGAAGGCCUCGGAAGGGACCGAAAUUAAAAAGAGACAACGUGUUCAAACUCAGUGAAACUUGAAGAGGAGCUCACAAAAUUUUGCUAAGAAGUCAUUCCCAGAUGCCGAAGAGAAGGUGACGGAGUUUUUUUCUGCAGAAGUCUGAAAAAGCAGCGAUAAAAUGGGGAAAUAUCUAAUUUCUGCACUGAGCGAGUUCAAGAUCUUGGUGAUGUUUCCUCACCGCUUCAUGGGAAAGUUCCACUGCUGUGGUUGAGACGUACUGCACUUAAUCUGUAUGUCUUUAAAACCCGCCAUACGAAACACUGGAAGUCACAUCCUGCUGAAGGUUGUGAUUUAAAGGCUUAACCCUGCCUACUCAAAUGUUUUUACAAGUUCUAUACCACAUGAAACAACAAUAUUUAACAAUUACAAUACAAACGGUUGCUAUACACUGAAAAAUUGACAGUUAAAUCCUUUAGGAUAAUUUAAAUAGUAUUUAAUAUUGCUGUGAAAUGUGAUGCAUUGUAGACUAGUAGUAGUGAUUCUAAACCUGAGGAGGCUGGUUAAUCUGUAUCUUCUAUGUGUGAAAUUUAAUAUAUAUUUAUGGUUUUAAUCCCAUGAUUUGCUAUUAAAAUACCAGGGAUCUUAUAAGGAAGGCAGCUGUCAAAUAUUUAAAGAAUUGUAAUGUUUUCGUCUCCAUUAGAGGUCUGAGAAUGUUGCCUUACAAAGUAAAUUCCUUGUUUUCUGUCCAAAAAUUGUAGAAUGCUCAGCCCUGAUAUGUAAUACAAAAUCGAUGUAGUUCAAAAAACAAAGUGGAUUGACGAUGAAUGUAUAUGUCCAGCACAACUAAUGUUCUUUUUAACUGAUGUGCCUUCAAUAAACCAGAAUGCUCGUAGUGAAGUACGUCA